GGGAUAGUGACCGUAUAUUUCCCAUCGUUCUUGUUGAUCUUGAUUUUGAUUUAUUACAUCUUUUUUGUUGUUUUUUUGUAUUGACGUUGCUAAAAAGAUGACUAACUAAAGGUAUUGCCUAUAAAAGUGACUUAUUUAACAGACAUAAUAGUAACUCUAUUCACAUUGAAUUGUUAACAAGUAUUUUAUUCUUGUAUAAAAAUGCCGACUCACUGGAACAUUAUCGCUUUGCUUUGUUUGGCGACUGUUGUUUAUUCACAAAGGGCUACAUCAUCAUUAUGCGUUUAUACCAUGGACAAUGUUUUAGAGAAGAUUAUCAAGAUUGGGAUAAAGGUCGAGGAAAUAGAGAAAAGACUAAAUGUAAUAGAGGCUCAACAGAGUGGAACUCUUCAAGUCCUCAAAACUCCAAAGGUUGCUUUUAGAAUCCAACUGAGCUCUAAUCUCGGGACUGUAUCAUCUGGCUCCACAAUAAAGUUUGAUCAGGUUGACCUUAACCUUGGCAAUGCAUAUAGUGACGGUGUAUUUACCGCGCCGUAUAAUGGCACGUAUAUAUUUUCGAUGGUACUUGGAAACCCUACGGGAAAACAUGGUGCUUUCUUCAUGAAGAAAAAUGGCGUUGGAAUCCAGUAUGCUAUAGCUGGGCACACGGUUGGAUGGAAUAUCGGUGGUGUCACCACAGUUGCUGAACUUGUUAUCGGUGACCGAGUGUGGGUUGAAGGUGAAGGAAAUGUGUCUGGCGCUUAUCCGACAGCCAGAUACCACACUGGGUUCUCUGGCAUUCUUGUUAACGCAUACUGAACGGAAGCAGUGACAGCUACAGAAGAAAUCUGGCUUUUAUUUUUGGUAGAUACAAGUAAUAGUAACACUCUUCCCUCCCCCAGGCAUGCAGCAUUUAGCAUCCAUACUCCCCCGAAUGCAGUCUUUACUCUUUCACCAAAGCAAGAUACCCAGAAAAAUGUGCAUUUAAUCAAAUUAUAGUUAUAAAGCUACACUUUUUCGAAUUUCAUCUAAAAUGCCACAGAAUCCCAUGUUGGGAGCUUCCUAAAAUAUGUAUGGGCCAUUCCAUGAGAAAACCUGUAUUAGUGACAUAAUAUGACUAUUGUAUAAUUAGUAUUAGUGGAAAAUACUGAAAAUUCGCUGUUUUUCUUAUGUUGCUCCAGAAACUAGAAACUAAUAUAUUGUAAAUGUGUCAUCUAAGACAAAUCAAAUUCUACCAUAUUUUUCAUGUAGAUGUUGUUCUGUUGUCAUGGCAACGGAAAUUCCAAAAGCACCCAUGCGUCAUGAAAAUAUAGAGGUGUAUAGAUAAAAGGCUCGUGAUGAAACUGAAAAUAUACGGUUAAGUUAUUUUUCAGUAAAAUUGCUUUAAACUGUUCCUAAAUAUUCAAAUGUAUGAUGUUAAGUAAGUGUAACGCAUAAUUUGUUCCAUUUAUGACUUGAAAAAUACAGGGCAUGCACAACGACGUUACACUGCUUUCAUGACGUUCUUAACGUCACGUCUCAAUAUACCCGCGGUGACUAACUUAAAAACAUUGUAGCUCUUAAAAUAGUGAAGAUAAUCACUUCAAAUUUUCGGAUUUGAAAGAUAAAAGAAUGUUCUUUUUGAAUAUGUUAUUACCUCAGUUUUGAAUUUUUUGUCACUAAUACGGGUUUUCUCACGGAACGCCCCGUAUAUAAAACACUCUAAUAUUUGUAAAUUUAUUUGCAAACAAUAAAAGUUUCGAUAUAUUGAACAUACCGUUUCUUACAGUCACUGCUUUUCUAUAUAGUAAUCCUUUUUUGCUUUAUAUAUUAGUUUUAUGUAAGCCAUUAUUUUGAUUAGAAUUACCUUUCUCCAGUUAAAAAUUUUGCUUACUUGACGAUGUUGCAUGUUUUAAAACAUAGUAUGACUUUAAAUAAAACAAAUAAAUGUUGGAGUAUCUGA